GCUGUGAUCCGCGGAUCAGCUGGGCGAAGCAAUAACAGCCAGGACAAAACAAGACGAAUAUAUCAAUGCAACAAAAACAGGAUAAAAAAAACAACCACAGAAGAACACACGGAUAAAGACUGCACAGCUAGCCGUCGUGUAGUUUUAACGUUUCUUCCAAGAAGAAAGCCUUUUUAUUAUUAUUGUUGUUGUUAUUAUAAUUAUUUUCAUGUUAAUAUAAUCCUGGUGCAUUAACACUACCUCACAGAGACGCUCCUGAAGCUGGGCUUUAAGGCUUUUCUCGAGUUUUUUACUGCUUCCUUCACACGUUUACACGUUUUUUCGGUGCUCCAGCAAAGGCAGGCCUUUGCAAUAAUAGAAAGACCAUAAAUUUGCACUUCGAGAGUUAAUCAACUCUUCCAAGCUUUCUUCCACCAACAAGGGCUUGACAAGCUUGACCCUGUGCUGGUCCUUCACAACCUGCCACAGAAGACCAUCAGCAUUACCAACUGUAGAUCCAGUGUCUUUUCCAAGACAAAUUCCAAGGCAGCUCUCCCUCAGGAUACCUACACAAUCUGCCCUUUGACCUCCAAGGCGACCAUGUUCCAGCGACUUAGCAACCUGCUGUUCGGCGCAGUGGAGGACGUCUCUGCCGAGCUCAAUGGACCCAAGCCCUGCGUGACCGAGGUGGACGAUGACGGAUGGCUUCUGGUCAGCGUACCCGGUGACACCAACUGUACCACGUUGGCUGAGGACGGGGCGGAGGUCCCAUCGAUAGCACAGUCUCUUCCACAUAGUGAGUGUCAGAGGGUGGAGUCUGGAUGUGAUAUAGCCACUCCUCCCUCUCAUACAGGUGACUCCGCCCCUUUCUCAUGCAAACGGCGCAGGACUAGAGCAGGCCGCUCUCAGGCGGCAUGUCCUCCCUCGUCUCGUUCCCUUCGCUCCCCGCUUUCCCUUGACUCUGCCUCCCCGCUUGGGUCAGGUGGAGCGAAUGCGCCGUCUGUCCCCACCCCCUGUGGGUUGGAUGAGAGCUGGUUCAUCACUCCUCCACCCUGUUUCACUGCAGAGGGAGCGCCGGCUGAGGCCAGCCCCAUGGAGGACCUGCUCAUCGAGCAUCCUAGCAUGUCCGUGUAUGUCUCCUCAUCCAACCUGGAGCAGAGUACAGCCAACAUGGCCGACAGCGUGAGGAUGUCUGAAUCCACCCCGGCCCCUGUUCCCACUCGGCUGGUGCGAGGAUCAGCGUGUCAGGCGGUUCCUCUUGCCAAAGUGACUCAGGCGAGCCGUGUUCAGAGGGCCAAAGCUCGCGUGGAGCGUCGUCACCUGAGCCGCGGUCGCAUGCAGCGCCAAAACCGCGUCCGCCAGCAGAUCCCACGCCACGUGGCUCACACAAACAACUCCUUCCUGCACCAACCGUGCCAGCGCAGCUUCUGCCACUGAUCCACCCGGAUCCCAUCAUCAUCAUCAUCAUCAUCACAUUCACCAACCUCCAUCAUCCCACAUCAUCCACCGUACCAUGUCUUCAGCAUCCUUCACCAAAGCCCUCAUUUUAUGUUAGCGUUUUCAGGUUACUCCAUUCACGAGCAGGAGUAUUUUUAAUGAAUUUUUAAUUAACUUAAAUGCUUAAAACCCAUCCGUUAUAGUCGAACCGUUUGUUUUUCCAAUUAGCAUUUGAUUAGCAUGGCUCUGUUUUAAAUAGUUGCAUCAUUUGUCUCAAAGAUGCCAUUUACAUUCAGCGAUCUCACACGCAGACGAAAGUGAGAAUGGCUAAUAUCAAAAACUAGCAAAGAUUUGGUGUGUCAGAACAAGGAAAGAAGCAGCAUUGAGACAGUACACUCACGAGGAAGAAACCAAACAAGGGUCUGAGGCCAACUUCUCAUCCUUUAUUUGCUUUUAUUUGUGUUGGAAAAGUCCAGUUUUCUCCAUUCUUAAUUUUUGUGAUUGCUUUAAAAAAAAAAAAAGGAACGAAUAUACCGUAGAGGCUAAAACAUGUGUUGCGAAACUAAAACAUCACAUCAGAGUGAGAAAAUACGCUGUGCUAACUUCUAGUUUCUGAUACGGAGAAAAGGGCUUUAACAACACACAGAAUGGCAAAGUAGGUAGAUGAAGGUGAAAGUGAGGAUAAAACAGAUUAAAGAGUGUUGGAUGUUGAUGGAGAAUUGAAAAGGGUGUAAAUAAGUAAGUGUCGUAACCCACAGCAUUACCAUAGCACCUUAAAGGGAAAAUCCAACCUACUCUGGAUUGAGAAUUUACAUUUGAGUUGAUAUUUUCUUGCAUUUCUAUGUUAAUUUAAGUAAAUCCUGGGUUGGGGUUUUCCCUUAAAAUGCUUUGGUGCUUUUGUCUUUGGUGCCUCCUCAAACAUUUUGGGUCAAGUUAAGGUUAAGAAACAGAAGCCACUGUGGCUGAUUACACCAACAGGUUGUAACUAUUGCAGUCUCAAUUUUCCAAAAUACUUCUAGACUAAAGUGGGUUUUGACCCGAUUUUACUGGCACAGACAAAAAUUGCACAUUGUAAAGGAAUUAUUUGGUUGUUAGUUGAGGUCCUGUGACAUGUUCACAUUAUUGGCAGCUGAUUUCAUGCCAUUGUGACCAAAGACGUCCGAUGACAAAGUUGUGGCAGCGUGAGAAAUCUUUAAUUAAAAUCUCUACUGAAAUCCAGUCUAAAAAUUGUAGAAAUUGCAGUCUAAAACUAGCUUGAGACCAAUUUGUUUUAGCCCGUUGCACCAAAUAAGUUACAUCUAGGUACAAAUAAGGUCAGUCCAUAUUAUGAGCAUCCAUUUGACAACGUAUAUUUCAAAAAAAAAAAAAAAAUUGAGUUUGUAGUUGCUAAUUUGCUAACUCAAGCUGCCGAAAUUUAAGCUAAUUGAAUCAUAGAUUGUGCGUGAAGUCACAAUGGCAAAAAAAAAAAAAAAACAUAAUAACAAAUAAUUUUUUAAGUCAAGAUAGAAAAAAAAACGAUUCCAUAAACAAUUGAAAGUUGAAAGCUACAUCUGAGAUUUUGAACAAGCUAAGGAAAGAUAUAGUAGAACCUUAUGAAUGUAGGUUCUUUUCCUAUAAAUGAUAUAAUUUAAAGUAUCAAUUUCAUUGGUAAUAUUCAUAAUACGGAUUAUGUGUACUUAUUAAAGCGUACACAGGUUUACUUUUUUACUUUGCAGUUAGGGCUAGUUAGUUGGGGUUUUUUUCGUCACACAAUGCGAAUAUCGAAUUAUCAAAUCUCACCCAGUUUCAGGCAUUUUGUCCAUUUAUUUGCACACUUACUGGUCAAGUGUUCAUAAUAAACCUUAAAUGGAUGUCCAGCCCAGAAAGAGGAGUGUAAAGCUGUCAUCAUCAGCAGCAUUUUCAGAGCCAGUGUGAGGCUGCUGUGGGUUACAGGGUGUGGUGGUUUAUAGAAGGUGUAGGAUAAAGGAAUUGCAUCGCUGCCUAGAGGUGAUACAGAACAAAUAAAUGAUAAAUGACACAGCAACUUGAUCAUGCAAGUCCUCAGCUCAAAUCUGGUGUCACGACGGUGAUUUGAGGAAACAUUCAACUGUUGCAAGCCUGUUACACCUCUAAGUGGCGAAGCAAUCCCCUUUAAGAUACGGUAUACUGUAGAAAGCGACUCUUUAUUGUGUUUUGUUGCGUUAAGUUUAGAUCAUGUUCUUUUUAAGGUUCACUUUUUAAGAUCAUGUUCUUUUUAAGAUGUCUCAGACCCUUGACCUUCCUCUCCAUGCUCAGUGUCACACCUGCAUCUAAAACCCAAAGCUUAGCUAAAAGAAAAUCACUGUGAUCAUAGUUGUAGACACUCAAAAGUCAUCUGUCCUCAUAUUACACCAUGACAUUAGACUGAAUUAUUCAUGUUACUCUCAGAAAUCUGUCAGUGAGCAAAGAGAGACCAGUGAUGAACAUUAAUGAGACGACCUGGCCUGAAUAAACAGGAUACUUUUACAGGAUACUUUAAUAUAGCUGAUUAGGUAAGACAUGUUCUUUAAUAUAGCUAACAGGUUUUUGGAAAUCACCCUAUUGUUGGGAGAUCACACGCUCGACCCUAUUAUCAUCCAUGGCCAGGAGCAAAGAGAGCAAAUUUGGCCAUGCUCUCCGGAUGAGAAGGAUGAGGAAGAGGGCAGAUAGCGCUUUCCUCCGAAGGUGUUCAUCUGCCCUGUGAUGUAGCAUGAAUAGCAACUUGAAAAGAUGUGGUGGAUUCAUGUAUCUCGGAGGAAGCAGGUGCUAGCCUUUACCCUCUCUGGUUAGGCGAGAGCUAGCUCGGGGUCGAGAAUCAGCAAAAUGGCCAAAGUGGAAGAAAAUGGGGUUUUAAAAAAAGGAAUAUAAGUUCCACAUUUCCGCCACAAGUCCAAGUUCAAACUGAGGUGGAAUGAUAACAAGCGAUUCCAGAUAUCCAAGAUGGCCGCCCAAUAACGUCACAGCUUUCAGCUACGCUACAAUGGAUACUUGAGAUAGACCUUCAUUACUUGUUAGCUACUUACAUUAGCCGUGUAAAAGCAAACAUCUGACACCACUGAUGUUGCAAGCUAUUCCUUUAUUCCAUCAAGAAUAUCAUGAAUGUUCUACUGGUCAGAGCUGGUUCGAUGUUGUGUUUUUACAUCCUCAGAAGACUGAAAUUUAGACAUCACAUCACUCACGUGUGUCCGUGUGUAGAAUCCAUCCUCGUCCAUUUGUCAGUGUUACUUUCCUCCGUGGAAUCCUCUGCGUUGCGCUCUGGCUUACGUGCGUAUCAUCGAUGCUGAUUAGAUUAACAAUGGUGCUGAACAUGUUUGACUGUUUGUAAAAUUCGACUUGGAUGUACGUUUGCACUGUCUUACAUUUUAUGGUGAAUCGAGGUUUUUUAGCUGUGUGCGAUUUUAUUUGUUUUAUUUCAAGCAUCAAUAUGAAUGAGAGGGUGAUGCUGAUGUGCAUGAGUUAGAAAACAAACUAUUUUAAAUUAUUCAUGUUCACAUAUAUGUACAUAUAAUGCACAGCUCUUUACAGUACAGUGUUUGAGUGAUGUGUGUUUUAUCUGAAUGAUGUCACCGUUUAUUGAAAACAUCUUUACAAAGCAAAGUUGAACACAGAAGCGAACCUACUUUUUUCUUUCUUUUUUCCCUCCAAUGUUUUAGGCCCCAUAAGGUGUUUGUUUGUUGAUCAGCAUUUUUGGAAAUGAGGGUUUACUUUUUUCUUUUUUCUUCUUUUUUUUUUUUGGAAAUGAGGGUGUACUUGAAAAUCCACUUCUGAUUCUUUUACUGUGUUAUACCUGCAUGUAAUGGGCUAGUUAGUCAGAACCUGACCACUCAGAUCGUCUGCAGUGUCAGAGUGAUGGAACACAAAGAAAAUCUCUUAACAAAAACUAAUAUAUUAAUAUAUUCAUAUUCAGAUUUCACUAUUUUUUCCCUUAUAUUUUAUUUAUCUCUAUUUCCAAAUGGAUUAUAUGCACAUCAUUUUUAUUCUUGAUGGAUGAAUGUCAGAGGUGGAUCUCUUAGGACAUCUCAUCAAACUAGGGCACUUCCUGUCCAGGUAGCAACCUGACAUUGGGUCAUUGUUGGGUGCCACGCUUGGCUCAAAGUCAUUUUGUCCAUUGGGCAAACAUUGGUUGACAGGGUUGACAGACUUUCAGUCAACUUUAAAUCCAUUUGGCAAUGUUGGGUCAAUGACGGCCAUUUUGUUGGCCCAGUGUUGAGUGGCAGAGUUGGACGAUGUUGGCCCAACAUGGUUGACAGACUUUCAGUCACCUUUAACUCAAUUUUCCAAAGUUGGGCCAAAGUUGAGCAAAUGUCAGCCAUUCCUCUGGGUCAACACUGGGUGCCAACUUUGGCCUAAUGAGACUUUCUCCAUUGAGCCAGUGCUGGGCCACCAGGGUCAACUUUUAGCCACCUUUUAAUUCACCUUGCCAGUGUUGGCCCAAUGAUGGCAGGGUUGUUAUAAAAGUGUGCCUUGGCCAACAUUGGACCAACAUUGGGGCAACACUAGACCAGUAUUGGCAGGGUUGUUAGGAAAAUUUUCCCUUUGCCAACAUUUAGUGCAACAUUGUAGGGAGGCCCAACGUAGCCACCCCAAAAUAGACAUUGGGUAAAAGUCAGUUUGCUACCUGGGUGUGUUCCCAUGAGUGACUCCUUUAUCAAUGUGGUGCUUCUCGCCUACUGUGCCAGUCCAUACAGAGGUGAUGCUACAUCAUACACAGCAAUUAAACUUAAUGGGAGCUAACAGCUCAUCCACCCUCUACAAACAUCCAUCACUGUUUAUUUUCCUUCUAUUUUCAUCCCUCGACCACAUUCUGUCUCUCUUUCCUGAUGACUCUCAUUAUUGUAGUUUUUUUUCUCCUGUGUGUGUGUAUGACUAAUGAAAUGUGUGUGGCUAUAGGGAGCAGUGUGUUACACCUCAGGGCAGCUUGGGGUUUAUUUGAUUGUGUAGCUGGUGUGAUGUGAGAACCUAGACAGGAUGGGUAAAUGAAAAAAAAAACAAACAAAACAAACAAACUGAUUAAUGAACUAAAAAAAUAUAUAUAUAAAUGUGCUUGUAUUUUUCCUUAUGAUUAGAUGCAAUCGUUUUAUUCACUGUUCAUGUUCACGAUUUAUUAUAUUGUGAAAAAUUAAGGGGGUGGACCAUCAAACAGCGAGACUGCAAUCUUCUGUUUGGUUCUUGCGCCCUGAAACUAUGGCAGCUUUUUCAAAUGUAGGGGUUUACCUUCACGGGGGGUAUCCUCUCCGAAACAUACACCCCCUUUCAAAAAAAAGUACAAAUAGAAUAUAUUAAAAAGGAAUAAUGUAUCUGAUAUCUAUGGUGAUCGUGCCUUUCACUAUUCUGCAUGUUUUUUUGGUUUUUUUUUUGUGAUUAGCUGACUUUUCUAUCCUGUCCAUGUGGGCACUGGUCCGUACACAGUAGUAGAGACCUAUGCAAAAUACAAGGAUGGGGUUCCAGCAUCCAUUCAGAAAUGCAGGUACCGGAAAAAAAAUACAAAAUAAAAAAACUCUCAGGAUGAAA